GGACAUCGUAGAGCCGCAGAGAUGAGUGGUGUCUGCGUGCCACCACAGAGGAUCCAGCUCAUCCUCUCCCUGCUGUUCCUUUUCCAAAUCCAGAGCCUCUGCUUUGACGCUGAUGAUCGCUCUGCGUCUGACGUCUGCUCCUCCCACACAAUUUUACCGGGACCGAAAGGGGAUAUUGGCCAGAAAGGAGAAGAGGGAGAAGGAGGAAGGCCUGGGAAGGUAGGCCCCAUGGGACCCAAAGGAACUAAAGGAGACCUUGGCGACAGAGGAAACCAAGGCAUUAUUGGCAAAAUUGGCCCAAUCGGGGGGAAGGGAGACAAAGGGCAGAAGGGUUCACCUGGGGGCGCAGGAGGAAAGGGAAAAGCAGGCACUGUCUGUGACUGUGGAAGGUACCGCAAAGUGGUUGGACAGUUGGAUAUUAGUGUUGCUAGACUCAAAACCUCGAUGAAAUUUGUAAAGAAUGUCAUCGCAGGGAUCAGGGAGACGGAGGACAAGUUCUACUACCUGGUGAGGGAGGAGAAGAAUUACCGUGAGUCCCUUACCCACUGCCGCAUCCGGGGAGGGGCUCUGGCCAUGCCCAAGGAUGAGGGGGCCAAUGCGCUCAUCGCCGACUAUGUGGCCCAGAGCGGCCUGUUCCGGGUCUUCAUCGGAGUCAACGACCUGGAACAGGAGGGACGCUACGUGUUCACAGAUGACAUGCCACUACAGAACUACAGCCACUGGCGUGAGGGGGAACCCGACGACCCCUCCGGCCGUGAGGACUGCGUGGAGAUGCUCAGCUCUGGACAUUGGAAUGACACCGAGUGCCAGCGCGCCAUGUACUUCAUUUGCGAAUUUGCCAAGAGGAGGGUGGAGGCUCGCUGACUUUGCCAUUUUGUGGGGGUGGGGAGGAUGCCAGGGCUGGGGUUCACGGGAUCAUUCUGAGAAUGUGAAAUCACUUUCACUGCCCCAUCACAAACCGGGUGGAGAGUGUCAUGAAGCCUGGGAAGGCAGGAAAUCCAGCUUCCAGCCUGCCCCAGACUGGCACUGUGUUCAUUCAUUCAUUCAUCCAUUCAACCCUAUUUAUUGAGUGCUUACUGUGU